GGGACCAGAGUCAAAGCCUGGGCUGGAGACACCGUCACGACCGGAGCGCGGUACACUGUGGGUCCGAAGUGGAGCAGCGGCCGAGACCCUGUGCCCUUGUUCUUAUCAGAGGGCUGUUACUAGAAACCAUUCUUACUGGAUAUCAAAAUACAAGGCAGUUUGCACAGAGAGGUUGGGCAACUUGCCCCCUGUUACUCAGGUAAUAAGGAGUGGGUCUGGGAUUUGAGCCUAGGCAACCUGUCACACCUGUGUUCCUUACUAAGUCUUUCUCACAGGUCUGUCUGUGGCUUUUGAGCAUCUGAAGCGGACCCCUAAACCUGAGUGUUCGCUGUUGUCCCCUCACCCUCUGCAGAAAUGUCUGUCACUUAUGAUGACUCUGUGGGAGUGGAAGUGUCCAGCGACAGCUUCUGGGAGGUUGGGAACUACAAGAGGACUGUGAAGCGGAUUGAGGAUGGUCACCGCCUGUGCAGUGACCUCAUGAACUGUGUGCACGAGCGUGCACGCAUUGAGAAGGCAUAUGCACAGCAGCUCACAGAGUGGGCACGGCGUUGGAAGCAGCUCGUGGAGAAAGGACCACAGUAUGGGACCGUGGAGAAGGCCUGGAUGGCCGUCAUGUCUGAGGCGGAGAAGGUGAGCGAGCUGCACCUAGAGGUGAAAGCCUCGCUGAUGAAUGAGGACUUUGAGAAGAUCAAGAACUGGCAGAAGGAAGCCUUUCACAAGCAGAUGAUGGGGGGCUUCAAGGAGACCAAAGAAGCAGAGGACGGCUUCCGGAAGGCCCAGAAGCCCUGGGCCAAGAAGCUGAAAGAGGUAGAAGCAGCAAAAAAAGCCCACCAUACCGCAUGCAAAGAAGAGAAAUUGGCCAUCUCCCGAGAAGCCAACAGCAAAGCAGAUCCAUCCCUAAACCCUGAGCAGCUCAAGAAAUUGCAAGACAAAAUAGAAAAAUGCAAGCAAGAUGUUCUGAAGACCAAAGAAAAGUAUGAGAAGGCUCUGAAGGAGCUUGACCAGACCACUCCUCAGUACAUGGAGAACAUGGAGCAGGUGUUUGAGCAGUGCCAGCAGUUUGAAGAGAAGCGCCUACGCUUCUUCCGAGAGGUUUUGCUGGAGGUUCAGAAGCACCUGGACUUGUCCAAUGUGGCUGGUUACAAAGCCAUUUACCGUGACCUGGAACAGAGCAUCAAAGCAGCUGAUGCCGUGGAGGACCUAAGGUGGUUCCGAGCCAAUCAUGGGCCAGGCAUGGCCAUGAACUGGCCACAGUUUGAGGAGUGGUCUGCAGAUCUGAAUCGAACUCUCAGCCGGAGAGAGAAAAAGAAGGCUGCUGAUGGUGUCACCCUGACAGGCAUCAACCAGACUGGUGACCAAUCUAUGCAGAACAAGACCAGCAGCAACCUUAGUGUCCCGAGCAACCCUGCCCAGUCCACGCAGUCACAGUCCAGCUACAACCCCUUCGAGGAUGAGGACGACACGGGCAGCACCGUCAGUGAGAAGGAGGACAUUAAGGCCAAAAAUGUAAGCAGCUAUGAGAAGACCCAGAGCUACCCCACCGAGUGGUCUGAUGAUGAGUCUAACAACCCCUUCUCCUCCACGGAUGCCAACGGGGACUCUAAUCCCUUCGACGAGGACACCACCUCAGGAACAGAAGUGCGGGUCCGGGCCCUCUAUGACUACGAGGGCCAAGAACAUGAUGAGCUGAGCUUCAAGGCCGGGGAUGAGCUGACCAAGAUAGAAGACGAGGAUGAGCAGGGCUGGUGCAAGGGACGUUUGGACAGUGGGCAGGUUGGCCUGUACCCUGCCAACUACGUGGAGGCCAUCCAGUGACGGGCCAUGGGCAGGCUGGCGGAGAGAUGGAAGUGGCCAGUCCAGGAGCUCCGUUAGCCUCGGCCCAGGCAUCACACCUCUGGCACACCCAGAAGCCAUGUAGGUGUUCACAUCACCUGCAAAAGAUGAUGGUUCUGUUGCUCUUGGCUUCCUGGUGUCCUUUGAAGGCAGAUGAGCUGGUCAUUUCACCUGGGACUCAGCCCCUUUCCAGGUGCACCAGGGGAAAUCUAAGCACAGGAAGAUGAAGUCCAACAGUGAGAGCUGAGCCCUUCCCUGUCCCCACUAGCUCUAUGUAUCAUGGGUCUGUAUCUUGACCUUGUCUCUCUUCCCAGUCAAUGGUGGGUUACACUGAUUCUUUUUCCACUGAUUAUUUUCUCUGAAGAGUCUCAUAUGCAAGUUAAAUGAACAAACAUAGACCCCACUUUCUGAGUAAAGAUGCUGAAGUUUUUAAUUUAAAGGCAAUGUACAGUUAUACUUUUAUAUAUCUGCUCUUUAUUCCUUGGUAUGUAAAUUGAGCCCAGACUGAUCUGCUCUGUUCUCAAGGGCAUGAUAGAUAGCGCCAUCUUCACAUUGUGCUGCCCAUCAGUCCUGUCCCUACCAGGGCAGGUGCCAGAGCUGAGGCAGGAGACCUGGCCAAAAGGUGGGGACAAUGGGGUUUCCUCAGUGAGUACGAGCUUCAGAGGUGACCUUAAGUAGUACUCCCUAAUGUUACCACAUUUAAAAAUUAUUUUCACUUUAUACUUCACUUGCUUAAAGCUAUUCUUAUGCAAAUUAACAUGUUUAUCAGUGAUUUGGAAGGUUAAGCAGAAGACUAACUUCAAGCAAAUGCGCCUGUAGAUUAAGAUGCUUUAUGUUAGGUCAUCGUGUCUUGGUGUAUAUCUGUAUAUAUUAUUUGGUAUUCAGAGAAUCUAAAGAGCUUACCCACUGUUGCAGUGAGAUUUAAUGAUUUCUGACAGUGGGUGCCAUUUGCAAACUGCUUGAAGCCUGUGACAUUGGGGCAUGGGUCUGACCGGUUAACAGGGCCUCCUUCCGGCUCAGACAUGGUCCUAAGAGAGAAGACUAGUUUUUGGUCACUAGCCAUGGCUCCGGCUCCGCUCUUGGCUGCCUUAGUGCCAGCUUCAGGGCAGAGUACUGUGAAAACGCCCAUGUCUUUGUAGUAGUCACAGGCAUCACAGCGUUGUGAGCAAACGGAAGCAGGGUCUUGCCCACAGCACAGGUCCCUCCAGGCGUCUUUGGUCAUCAGGGACAGAACUGUCCCAUGGGGCGGGCGCUGGGAGGGCCUUACUAGUUCAUACAAUGGUGCCGUGUUGCCCUGUCAGCAGCUGUGCAUCCCUUCCAUGUUUGCAGUGAACGCAGCGUCUUAUUUAAAAUGUGGAUGCACAUGUGUCUGCUAUGACAAUUUACCAGCAGAAAUGCUCAUUUCUAUGUUACAGAUUGACCACAAACUGUCAAGUCUUUUAAGUUUAGGAGUUCUUUUAAAUGUAUAGUAUUUUAGAACAAAAUCAAUAAACAGCUGAUCUUGUGCAUUGAAAGGCCUUUGCAUCUGCCCUCACACUUGUGUCAGCU